AUGGUCCUGGGCGGCAAGAAGGGUCGGCAGCCGGUGCCCGACCACGACGAUGGCGGAGCGUACGACGCGAUGGAGAGCGGGAGCCAGGCGAGCCGGUCGCGCCUGAACAGGCAGAGCUACGGCGGGGGUCGAUCCAGCACCGGUUACGCCGCGUCGGAGACCUCGGACAUCUCCGCCGGGCCGGAGAAGUGGAGGCGUGUUAGGAGAGGGGCUCAUGUGAGCUACCAGCCUUUCGAUGUGGAGGACUACCAGGACGCGGCCUCUGACGAGGACGGCGACAUACCCAUGCAGUUCCCCCCGAUCUCGGAGACGGCCGACGACAGAAAGAACUGGCCCAAGUCGUGCCCGUUCCUGCACAUGAAGUUCGAGGAGAUGGCAAUCAAGGACAAGCGGAAGUUCAUCUGGCUUGCGUACAACUUCUGGCACUUCUUGGUGUGGACGCUGCUGUUCAACAUGUGCGCGGCGGUGGUGACGUCUCUCAUCUCGCCCUCCCCGAAGGAGGACCAGGUGUUCUUCGCGUUCCUGCUGGCGUUCAUCGGGUUCUGGUGGUUCUUCUUUGGGCACUUCCGACUGCUGUACCACGCCAUGAGGUACCGCAAGAACGGGCUGUACCUGCUCCACCAACUGGAGACCACGGUGCUCUUCUUCAUCGCGGUCUACCAAAUAUUCUCGGCGAUGGGUAACAUGACGCAGCUGCUGGCACCGCUGGCGCCGGGGUCCGCAGUGCCGGUUCGGCAGAACCCCAUGGCUGGAGUGAUUCUGCUCGGCAUCGCCAGCGGGCUUUGGUUCGUGGUCCUGAUGUUCUGCUUCUACUUCAUCCGCAAGGUCCACUACUACAAGAACCUUCCUCUGUCGAUCGAAAGAGACAUCUACCGCAAGGAGUUCUCUGCGAUACACCCGGAGCCCAAGAAGAAGUGUUCGACCAUGAUCACCGACCUCUUCCGCGAGAAGCUGGACAAGGCGCACCCCCCGACCAAAUGCGGCAUGUUGCAGGGGAAGGACCUGUGGCUGCAGGGCAUGAUCACGCUCGAAACGCUCUACGUGGAGUACCGGGCGGACGUGCACGUGUUCGACCACCUGGUGCACGAGCGCUUCAGCUAUCAGGAUGUACUCGCGAUCAAGACCUCGGGCAAGAGCAACAUAACCUUCCAGCUGGUUCACCCCACCAAGAGGCAUCUCGAGGACUUGGAGAUGGAGUUCGACUUCUCCGACAAGGAAGUCAGGGACAAGCUUUACAAGGUCGCAACCAAGCUGUGGAGGCGGGUGGGGCGCAACUCGGACCUCCUCACGAGGGAGCGGGCGGACAAGCUCAAGAAGAUGCGCAAGGUCGGCCGGGCCGCGGACAUCGACGACGAGAACCCGGACCUCGUGGAGGCGUUCAACAAGGCGAGGCGUAUGGAGACCCGGGAGAGGCUGAACGACCACAUGGUCACCUACAAGGAUUGGCAGAGGAUUCUCGAGACCGUCAAGAUCCACGUGCUUACGGCGGGGCAAAACCUGGUCGACACUGGAGACGACUUCACCCGCAUCUACCACGUCGCCCAAGGAAAGAUCGAGGUGAACGAGAUCUUGGAGAUUGCCGGGGGAGCCAGCUUCGGGACGGGCUCGACGAUGGGGGGAUCGAUCGGCAUGGGGGGCAAGCCCGUCGACUCUCGGGAGCAGCAGUCGUACGCAAAGGCGCUCGCCAAGCGGAAGCCGGGGACGGGCUUGACCCAGGCUGAUCUCGAAGAGAAGCUUGACAGCGAGCCGUUGGAGUACGAGGACCCCAACGAGGGUGUGGCGAUGACGGCCAUGGGCCAGGAGGAUGACAGCGGCUCUUCCGAGGAGGAAGAGUCUGACGACGACAAGUCCAGCGCGGAAAGCAGCGACAGCGGCAACUCCGACUUCAGCAGCGACAUCUAUAGCCUCACCCUCAACGAGACCGGUCCGGAGAUGGUUGUGCUCGGCACUCUCCGAAAGGACGACAUCUUCGGCGUGGUGCCGUUCCUCCUGGCGAAGGACGGCGAAGCGCCCAAGUCAGGCCUGACGUUCACGGCCAAAGACCCCAUUACCGUUGUCUUCUCCAUCGACACUGCCGUGCUCAAGACGGACAUCCUCAAGCCCAAGAAGGACAUUACCGCGGCGUUCCACAAGUACCUGGCGGUUAUCCUGGGAGAGAGGACGGAAGCGGCGGAGGACGCCAUGUUCACGCGGAAGGUUCACGAAAAGAGGCUGGAGGCUGCUCGGGAGGAGGAGAAGAUGCUGGAGGCGAAGAGGCAGUUCGAGGAGGAGCAGGGGCCAGGCGCCGACAAGGCUCAGAUCAAGUCCACUAAGGCCGCCAUCGGGGCCACAGCCAAGGACCAGGCUGUUCGCAACAUGUUCAGCUUCUCUGCUUCGGAGACCAUUCUCGGAGAGUUUGCCAAGACCCGCUACACUUACUUCGACCAGGAGGAAAAGAAGGAGGUGCGCAUCCAGGGAACCUUCUACAUCACGGACCACUACUUCGCGUUCGUGGGCAAGAAGACGGUGGACCUGAGCCACCUGGAGAUCAACCGGCAGUUCAGGGACGUGAUGCGACACGACGAGGUUAUCACCAUCAAGCGACACACCAAGUCCACCAAGGCGCUCGUCUUCACGGAUAUCGGCCAGGGGCGCAAGAUGCUGGAGGCGAAGACGGAGGCGGAGAGGGAUAACCUGUACGCCCAGUGCAACUCCCGGUGGAAGAGCGAGGACGAGGUGACCUCCCGCGAGAUGCGGAAGGUGCUGCGCCGCAAGAUGACCCGCCUGAGCCUCGACCACCUCAACCAGGCCGAGACGAUGACCCAGAAGGGCAUUGGUGCCCUGAUGACGGACAUGAGCGAGCGGGAGAAGAAGACGCUGUUCGCGGGGAGCGUGCCGAUCGGCCUGAACCGGAACCAGGAGCACGUGUCGAACGUGCUAGACAGCGGCAAGGCCAUGGACCGUGUCGUCUUCCAGGAGAUCCAUUCGGGAGAGAUCUUCGGCUUCGACUCCUUCCUGACCGGCUCUCCGGCCUACAGCUCUAUCGUCGUGGACUCGGAGAAGGCGGUGGUCCGAUCCUGCACAAAAGACCAGAUCGUCGCCAGGCUCCGAGAGGACCGCAAGCUGGCCGCCAAGUUCUACCGCAUCGCGGCGGUCAGCAUCGCCUCCCGGCUCGCAGAGAUCAGCCCUCUCGACAUCUACCUCUAA